CGGCAGUUUGCCGCGGCUCGCGAAAGUGGAGGGAUGGCUGAAGUGUCAGACGCUGUUCUUGGACUGGACGAUGGAAAUGCAGAGCUUGCCGCUUUGAAGCGGCGACAGGCUAUGCGAGAUGAGAGGAGUAAGGAGAGACAAAGAGAGAGAGAUGCAGAAGUCGAGGAGAAGAUAAGGAAGGCAAAGACCAAGGAGGAUGAGGUUAUGAAGGGGUUGAUGGCUAUGGCGAAGGAGAGAUUUGGGUGAACCUUGACGAGGAGACAUGGAUAACGUACUGUGGUCCUUCGCAGUCAUGCCGAUCAAGAUCAAGAUGAUUAUUUCUCUACCCCUCA